AUGGACACACGCCCUGACAGCCAGCAGCAGCAUAGAUGGGCAGCCAUUCACAAUGUCCUGUCCAGGCCUGGCCCUUUCACUGACCCGGACUGGGAGCCUGGCGCGAUGCCAAUUAAGGAAUUGGAAGAGAAAAUACUGGUGAUCGGCGCCGGUGGCUUAGGCUGUGAAAUUUUGAAGAACCUGGCACUGUCAGGUUUCAAAAACAUUCAUGUUAUUGACAUGGACACCAUCGACAUCUCGAAUCUCAACAGACAGUUCCUUUUCCGUCAAUCCGACAUCGGUAAGCCCAAAGCUGAAGUAGCUGCCGCAUUCGUUGAAAAGCGAGUCAAGGGCGUCAAAAUCACUCCUUAUGUGGGGAAGAUCCAAGACAAGGAUGAAGAUUAUUACAUGCAAUUCAAGAUAGUCGUCUGUGGCUUAGAUAGCAUUGAGGCUCGACGAUGGAUCAACUCCACUCUGAUAGCCAUGGUUGACAUGGAGGAUCCGGAAAGCCUGAAGCCUCUGGUUGAUGGCGGGACUGAAGGCUUUAAGGGUCAAGCUAGGGUCAUUUUACCUACACUCACUUCGUGUAUUGAGUGCCAGCUCGAUAUGCAUGCUCCUCGGCCUGCUGUACCACUGUGCACGAUUGCUACCAUCCCUCGACAGCCUCAGCACUGCAUUGAGUGGGCUCACCAAAUCGCAUGGCAAGAGAAGCGUAAGGACGACACCUUUGAUAGCGAUGACAUGGAGCAUAUCUCGUGGGUGUACAAUGCCGCCGUGGAACGAGCACAGCAAUUCCACAUCCACGGUGUGACUUUUCAGAUGACACAGGGAGUGGUGAAGAACAUCAUUCCAGCAAUUGCAUCCACUAAUGCCGUGAUCGCAGCAGCCACGACGUCAGAGGUGCUGAAAAUCGUAACUGGCUGCAACCCUUACCUUGAAAAUUACAUGAUGUAUGCAGGUGAAGAGGGCGUCUACACCUACACAUUCGAGGCGGAGAAGAAGCCGGAUUGCCCUGUCUGCGGCAACCUUGCUCGCAAAAUGGACGUGGAUCCGAAUAUCACACUGGGCGAGUUCAUCGAAAGUCUUGGCGAGAAAGCGGAGGCGCAGCUGAAAAAACCCAGUAUGCGAACGGAGGAAAAGACUCUUUACCAACGCUUUCCGCCCCAGUUGGAGGAGCAUACACGACCAAACCUGCAACUGAAGCUUCAUGAACUUCUGGAGGACGGCCAAGAAAUCGCAGUCACUGAUCCGGCAUACACUAUCGAUUUCCGUUACCGACUGAAUUUUAAAUAA